CAGAGGAGGCGAGAACCAGUCUGAUGCUGCCUGACUCCGCUCUGCUCCUGAGGACCAGUCCUGGAGGAGGAGGAGGCCCAGCACCUCCCAGCACCAACACUCAUCAACUGAGACCAACUAACUGCCUGUCAGUGUACAGAGAUCCUCCUAGAGACAGGUGAGACCCCCAGCGUCCGGUUGAUCUGGUGUCCAUCACGCAACUCUCAGGAUGGGCUCUCUAUUCCGCAGUGAGGAGAUGAGCCUGACGCAGCUGAUCCUACAGGUGGAGGCCGGGUAUUGCUGCAUUGCUGAGCUGGGCGAGCUGGGCCUGGUACAGUUCCGGGAUCUGAAUGCAUCGGUGAAUAAUUUCCAGAGGCGGUUCGUGAAUGAAGUGCGCAGAUGUGAGGGGAUGGAGAGAAUCCUACGUUUUCUGGAGUGUGAAAUGCAGAAUGACAAGAUAGAAAUCAGGAACCCGGAGAAGNNNNGCACUAACCCGCUAUCUGUCGCCCAGACCGGCCUGGAGAAGAUGGAGGGGGAGCUGCAGGAGGUGAACCGUAACCAGCAGGCCCUGAAACAGAACUUCCUGGAGCUGACAGAACUUAAACAUCUCCUGAAGAAGACUCAGGGUUUCUUCGAGGCUGAAGCCAAUUUGCCAGAUGAUUUCCUGAACGAAGACACAAGCAGCCUUUUGGAGCUCCGAACCAUACCUACCGCAGCCGCUGCCGGGAAACUUGGGUUCACAGCCGGGGUGAUCGGAAGGGAGAGGAUGCCUGCCUUUGAGAGACUGCUGUGGAGGGUCUGCAGAGGGAACAUUUACCUGAAAUACAGCGAGCUGGACACCAUGCUGGAGGACCCGGUCACUAAAGAAGAGGUGAAGAAAAACGUCUUUAUCAUCUUCUAUCAAGGGGACCAGCUCAAACAGAAAAUAAAGAAGAUAUGUGAAGGUUUUAAAGCCACAGUCUAUCCUUGCCCAGAGAAUGCCAGUGAGCGGAGAGACAUGGCGGCUGAUGUGAACACCAGGAUUGAGGAUUUAAAUUCAGUCAUCACCCAAACUGAAUCCCACCGUCAGCGUGUCCUGCUGGAGGCGUCCCAGAAUAUCAGCAUCUGGACUAUUAAAGUGAAGAAAAUGAAGGCGGUGUACCAUGUACUGAACCUGUGCAACAUUGACGUGACCCAGCAGUGCGUCAUCGCUGAAAUUUGGUGCCCCGUGGCUGACAAGGAGCGCAUCAAACGAUCAUUGCACCUGGGCAUGGAACGCAGCGGUUCCACCAUCCCUCCCAUUCUCACCAACAUUCCCACCAAGAUGGAGCCACCAACCUUCAAUCGCAUCAACAAAUUCACUGCCGGCUUUCAGAACAUUGUAGACGCCUAUGGAGUUGGAAACUAUAGAGAGAUGAACCCAACCCCGUACACCAUCAUCACCUUCCCCUUCCUCUUUGCUGUCAUGUUCGGUGAUUGUGGUCACGGCCUGGUCAUGUUCGGAUUUGCAGCCUGGAUGCUUUUGAAUGAGAAGGAGCUUCUGGCCACAAAAGUUGACAAUGAGAUCUGGAACACGUUCUUUGGAGGGCGAUAUCUGAUCUUCUUGAUGAGUAUUUUCUCCAUCUACACUGGCUUCAUUUACAACGACUGCUUCUCCAAAUCCUUCAACAUAUUCGGCUCUUCCUGGUCUGUUCGGCCCAUGUUCACUAGCGGCAACUGGACAGAUUCCCUGAUGCACCAGAACAUCAACCUACAGCUUGACCCAGCCGUUGCUGGUGUCUUCUCCGGAAACCCCUAUCCCUUCGGCCUUGACCCGAUCUGGAAUAUUGCCAAGAAUAAGCUGACCUUCUUGAACUCCUACAAGAUGAAGAUGUCUGUGAUCCUGGGAAUCACUCAGAUGGUGUUCGGGGUCAUGCUCAGCCUCAUAAACCACAUAAACUUCAGGAGUCGCCUGAACAUCAUCCUGCAAUUCAUUCCAGAAAUCAUCUUCAUCCUUUGCCUCUUUGGGUAUCUGGUCUUCAUGGUCAUCUUUAAGUGGUGUACCUACAAUGUGUACAACUCACAGAAGGCUCCCAGCAUCCUCAUCCACUUCAUCAAUAUGUUCCUCUUCAACUACAACGACCCGACCAAUCUUCCCCUUUACACGCACCAGCAAGAAGUGCAGAGUUUCCUGGUGAUAUUCGCACUCAUCGCCGUUCCUUGGAUGCUGGUGAUUAAACCGUUCAUCCUCCGAGCCAAUCACCAGAAGGCCCAGCGCAGGCUUCAUUCUUCCUCCACCCCUGAGGAUCACAUCGAGAUCGCAGACAUGGAGAACUCCCAGUCCAAUCACUCCAAGGGAGAGAAGAAGGAGGAGCAUGGAGGAGAUCACGGAGAAGGACAUGGGGAGCAUGGAGGAGAUCACGGAGGAGGACAUGGGGAGCAUGGAGAAGAGUUUGAUUUUGGGGACAACUUUGUCCAUCAAGCCAUCCAUACUAUAGAGUACUGCCUGGGCUGCAUCUCCAACACUGCAUCCUACCUUCGCCUGUGGGCGCUCAGUCUGGCACACGCACAGCUCUCUGAGGUCCUGUGGACGAUGGUGAUGCACAUCGGCCUGUCUAGCGCCGGCUGGGGCGGCCUUAUUGGCGUUUUCAUCAUUUUUGCCAUUUUUGCUGUGCUGUCCGUGGCCAUCCUGCUGGUCAUGGAGGGGCUCUCUGCCUUCCUGCACGCUCUCCGUCUCCACUGGGUGGAGUUCCAGAACAAGUUCUACCAUGGAUCAGGUCAUCUAUUCAGUCCGUUCUCCUUCCAGGGCAUCCUCGAUGGAACAGCAGAAGAUUAGGUUUUGGGUCUACCUGUUCAACAACAAAGACCUAAACCCCCCAUGGUGGAUAACUAUUAUGCCUAAAUUAUUAACAAUAAAAUA